GAACAACAAGGCGGUCCCGGGUAGCGGACAAGAGGGAACAGAGGAUGAAAGUAUGUUGGAAGAUAUCAGGCGCUGUUUUUGAAUGGUGAUUCCCGUCAACCCGACUACUCCGUUUAUGUUUGGAACUAAUUUGAUUUUUACAUUCAUUUUACAUUUUUAAUGCUUUGUCUGGUUUGUUAAACCGCAAAAAAAGAAGGAUAGACAGACCGGUCGCUGCCUGCAAUCACUGCCGCCUGUCCUGUCAUCACCUGAGACUCGCAUGAACUGUUUGCUGGAUUAGAAACAGAUUUUCAGAGUGUUGGAAAAGUUACUUUGGGAUGUUUAAACUCUGACUUCAACGAGAGCAGCGGCUAUAUUGCUACCUGUGGAGUUUUACUCUGUUCAUGGAGACUUAAUUUAACACAGUUGGCUUUUUUAUCCCCCAAGACUGAGCUCCCUCAUCUACCUAUGAAACGUUUCAGUAUAUAAUGGAGUAUCGACUAAUCUUAGUCUCCCUGUUGGUUUUAUAUGCAUUCUGGCGUCCGUCGUAUGGAUCUCGACCCAGGUUAGAGGAUGCUGCUCCGCGAAUUGUUGAGCAUCCAUCUGAUUUGAUUGUGUCCAAGGGGGAGCCAGCCACCCUCAACUGUAAAGCGGAGGGGCGUCCAACUCCCAUGGUGGAGUGGUACAAAGAUGGCGAGCGAGUCGAGACAGACCGCGAAGACCCUCGCUCUCACAGGAUGCUCCUGCCCAGUGGUUCCCUCUUCUUCCUACGAAUUGUUCAUGGUCGGCGAAGCAAACCCGAUGAAGGGGUCUAUGUGUGCGUGGCACGGAACUACCUGGGUGAGGCAGUCAGUCGCAAUGCAUCUCUGGAAGUAGCAAUUCUUAGAGAUGACUUCCGCCAGACACCCAGCGAUGUGGUGGUUGCAGCAGGUGAGCCAGCUGUCAUGGAGUGUAUUCCCCCCAGAGGACAUCCUGAGCCAACUAUCUCGUGGAAGAGAAAUAAUGUCCAGGUCAACGACAGAGACGAGAGGAUCACAAUACGAGGAGGCAAGCUCAUGAUUUCCAACACCAGAAAAAGUGAUGCUGGCAUGUACGUGUGUGUUGGCACCAAUAUGGUUGGAGAAAAAAAUAGUGAUCCAGCUGAACUGGUAGUAUUUGAGAGGCCAGUGUUCACUAAGCAGCCGGUGAACCAAGUGGUGUUGGCUGAUGAUACAGUGGACUUCUUUUGUGCGGUGCACGGAGAUCCGAUUCCGACUGUUCGGUGGCGGAGAGAAGAGGGGGAGUUACCUCGAGGCAGAUAUGAGAUCCGCAGCGACAACAGUCUACACCUGAAGCAGGUGAGAGCUGAAGACGAGGGCACUUACACGUGUGUGUCAGAGAACAGUGUCGGGAAAGCAGAGGCAGCAGCGACCCUGCAAGUACACGUGCCACCUCAGAUUCUGGUGCGGCCACGGGACCAGAUCACUGCACCGGGUCGCACUGUAACCUUCCUGUGCGGCACGAAAGGAAACCCUCCACCGGCUGUCUUUUGGCAAAAAGAAGGAAGCCAGAUCUUGUUGUUCCCUAUUCAGGAACAGUCACAACAAGGACGUUUUUCUGUGUCGCUUAGCGGUGAGCUAACCAUCAUUGAUGUCCAUGUCGAGGACUCGGGUUACUACAUUUGCCAGGCCAUCAGUGUGGCGGGCAGCAUACUUACAAAAGCCCUGUUAGAGGUGGAAAGUGCUCCGUCAGAUCAUGUUCCCCCCAUCAUUCGGCAAGGACCAGCAAAUCAUACAUAUGCGCCAGGUUCAACCGCACAGCUACACUGCCACAUCAUGGGGAACCCUACUCCUAGUAUCCAGUGGGAGAAAGAUGGUCAGAGGAUUCUUGUGAAUGAUGGUCGAAUCAGUCUGAUGGAAAAUGGCACCUUCCAAAUUGCCAAUCUUCAGGAAACCGACUCUGGUGUUUACACCUGCUUGGCUGCCAGCUCGAGCGGUGAGACGAGUUGGAGCGGAGUGCUCACAGUUAAGGAGAAUGCAGACCCAUCUGUUGCUCAGACCACUGAGCCUUUCCAGUUGCCAGGUCCACCCCAAAAACCCAUUGUCACCGACGUGUCCAAGAACAGCGUCUCUCUGACAUGGCAACCCAACGCUCACGAGGGAGGAGCUGCAGUUACCUCCUACAUUGUGGAGGCCUUCAGCCAGUCAGCCGGCAGCAGUUGGCAAACUGUGGCUGACAUGGUGAAGGUGGAAACACACACAAUCACUGAGCUUCUCCCCAACACCAUCUACUUGUUUAUUGUCCGAGCUGUCAAUGCCUACGGCCUGAGCGAUCCGAGCCCCAUCUCAGAGCCGGUCAGAACACAAGACGUAAGUCCCACCGGUCAGGGAGUGGACCACAGGCAGUUGGUGAGAGAGUUGGGGGAGGUGGCGGUCCAACUACAGGAGCCCAUCCGACCCACUACAUCUUCAAUUCGAGUCUCCUGGGCUGUUGAUCGUCAAUCUCAGUACGUUCAGGGCUACCGUCUCUUUUACCGCCCCACUGGGGGAACAUGGCUGCUACAUGACAUCAAUUCCCCGUCCGAGCGCAGCACUGUACUUACCAGUCUGCUGAAAGGAACCGAGUAUGAAAUAAAGAUCCGGCCUUACUUUGACGAGUUUCAGGGGAAGGACAGCCGCACAAUACUGGUUCGAACUCCUGAAGAAGUGCCUAGUGCCCCACCAAGAGCUGUUACAGUGGCAACAGUGAAGCAAAGCAACACCUCCAGCAUCAUUGUCUCAUGGGAGCCUCCACCAAGUAACAUGCAAAAUGGCAUCAUCCAAGAGUACAGGGUUUGGUGUGUGAGCAAUGGCAACAACAACCAGACACGCUACUACAUCAACAAGACAGUGGAAGGGCACACUUUGUCCACGGCGGUGAAAGGCCUGAUGCCCGGUGUCCUUUACCAGGUUGAGGUGGCAGCCGUGACUGUUGCUGGUGUCGGCACCCGCAGCCAGCCUUUGCCCAUCCUUAUCAAGAUGGCAGCUGAACAGCCCUCUGCGACCACUGACACUGGUGACGACAGCAGGGAGAGCAACGUGAGUCUGGCCGAGCAGAUUACUGAUGUGGUCAAGCAGCCGGCAUUCAUCGCAGGCAUCGGCGGAGCCUGCUGGGUCAUCCUCAUGGGCUUCAGCGUCUGGAUCUAUUGCCGACGCAAAAAGAGAAAGGAGUUGAGCCACUACACUGCUUCCUUUGCUUACACGGCAGCAGUUGGAUAUCCUCAUGGAGAGGGGUCUGGACACAAUGGAAGGCCGGGCGUGCUGGGAGGCAACAUGGGCAACUACCCGUGGCUGGCAGACUCUUGGCCCACCACCAACCUUGUCCACAGUGGUAAAGAGGCUGUCAACUGCUGCACUACCAGUCUUGACACAGCUGAACGAUACUACAAUGAAGCUGGCAUCUCCAACUACCUGAAUCAGACAGAGAAAUGCAGCCUGAGUGGCUCCACUGAGGGGCCUAUUUACAGCACAAUCGAUGCCACCAGCGAGGAUCUUCACAGCUUCACCUACGCCCAGCAUGCCUCAACCACUCCCUAUGCCUCCACCUCCAUCAUGCCCUUCUCAAACCAAACGCAGAGCCCACCCGAAGGUGGUGAGCAACACGAUGAUGGCCACUGGAUCACUCAGCCGGGACCCUCUGGAGCUCAGUAUGCUCAACCAGAUCGCUGCAAUGGUAAGCCAAAGCAGAAGGCCAUGGGGAAGGCUGUUAAGACACCAUCUCUCACAUGGAUGGAGACAUUGCCCCCUCCUCCCCCAAUAGGAGAAUUGGAACAGUGUGACCAGGAUGAAGAGCAACCUGAGAAUGAGGACAUGGACAUAGGCUCCGAUGAAGAGUGGUGUCCUCCCCUCCCCGAGAGGUCGUACAUGAUGGAGGGCUGUGAGGACAUCCACUCCCAUAGGAACAACGCCUCCUCUCCUGUCACUUCCUACAGUCACCAGUCCACCGCCACCCUGACUCCAUCUCCCAAUGAGGAGGCGCAAGCGUCCCACAACCUGCGACGCCAACAAGAGGAAAUUCAGCACUCACGCAGAAGGAUACCAUGCGGUCUGGUGCCAGUCCCCCAGGCACCAAAUGUACCACUCACUCAAUCCAGUGUCUGUAGUCAGGAGCAUCUCGGCUCAUCGGAGGUUGUCCCCCUGCAGUGCCAAAUUCAUGCGCAGCACGCCCUCCGUCACCAGGGACAGAAUGAAGACGCCAUCAAUGCAACGACACUUGAACACAGCCGUUCAUCACCAGCGGAAACGUGCUCUCCGCUGUCCCAAAAAGUUCGCGUAAAAAAAAAGGCUUCCAAGAGUUCAGUAUACAGGAGAGAAAUACAAGGAGACCUGCCUCCACCUCCAGAACCACCGCCAGAGGAGGACAAGUGUCAGGGCUCCCAGAAGUCCAUGGAGACAAGCAAAAUGGCCAACGGCUCUCUAUCUUCUCUUGAGAGGAGCGAAUACAACAGUGGCAGCCACCAACGCAAAGGUUCAAGACAAAGACAUGCUGAGACUGCAAAUAGCGAGGAGGUGAUGCUGUACGGUGGUAAAGCCGGUUACCUUUCCCGGAAUCAGAUGUCCAGUAAUUGCUCAACCACAGGAAGCUCCUCAUCCCGUGGCUCAACAGGCUCCCGGGGGAUCAAUGCGACCAGGAAGAGCAGUGAGGAAACUAGAUAAGGCCAUCACCGAAGAGACUUGAACCUCUGAUGCCUCCAUUGUUCAACAUCUUUCAACUGUGGACACUGUGAUCUAAUAAGACUCAUGUCAUUGUUGUAAAAGGACAAAAACAGAGUCUCCAUUGUUUUGUUCUGUUUUUCUGUGGUUUGUUUUACUAUGAUUAUUUAUGACCAACCCAGUUCGCCCCAUGUCCCUUGAUUUGUAAAUACCUGUGUCUUAACUGUGUUCUGUUGUUGGCUUGCUACAGGGAAAGAGACAUACAUUGUAUUUGUGUGUACUGAAAAGAAAAACAUGAUUUAAAAAAAAAGGAUCGUUUGAAAAGAAAAAGCCCAUCUCCUCUGAAUGUGCCAACUUUUUUGGGUCAAAAUGUACAGUAUACUCUUUUUUGGGGGGGGGGGAAACCAUUAACUACUGUUGCACUCUUGUUGUGAUGGUCAAACAACAGAAAAUAUAAAGCACAAAAGAAAAAGCAAAAUGUGCAGGGUUUUGCUCCUGGAAGAAUGCUCUGGACUGAUAGGGAAACCUGGAGGGGCGGGGGUUCUACCCCGAUCUACCCCGUGCAGUCCAAAUCGAAUGUUUAAGUGUCUUGGUCACCGUUGGUUUCUGUGCAGCAGACAAGCAGGGCCUAGUCUGAUUGUCACGUUGUCUGAGGGAUGGUUUGCUGCAGAUUUCCAAAAAUGAACAAUGUCUGUUGACUGGCUUUUUGUACUCUUUUUGUUUUGUAAAUGUACAAUAAAAUGCAUUUGCUGAUGUCUGGUUCAUGUUGUCUUUGCUGAGGGAAUUUUCAGAUAUGCAUGCACUUAGGUGAGUGGGGCUCAAAAUUCCAACUCAGAAAGGCAUCAAUGCAUUUAAUCAACAAGAGUAUAAUUUGAUGUUUCACUCUACUCACAGUCUUCUUCUGCAUACAUAGCUCACUUUAGUGGUUUUGAUUAAGGGUUGUCAAAGUAGAACUGUUUUAGAAUAGAGCAUUCAAUCAAAUAAUUUUAAAA